AUGCUGACUAAGAGGAUUUGCUUAUCCUUGUUUCUGCAUUUUCUUCACAUUUUGAUCUCAGAGAGCGAUGCGAUACCCCAGAUAGAUUUAAAGGAAAAUUCACACGACGUAUAUUGUGGCGGGACGUACGGAGCGCCCCUUAUCACGCCCUGUUUUGAGUCUGUUCAAUUGGAGUUUAAGACAUCCUACACACUGAGAUGUGAGGCGGAGGAACCGGUGACCUGGUUGUACCACGCCCACGACGACGUCACGGAAACAGAGGAGUUCGACAACACCGAGACAAAUCCGCUGCGGCCCCAUGGGGUCAAGUUGGUACUUAAGAAUGUGACAGCAGAAAGUGUAGGCGCCUACUACUGCGUCAAAAAGUCUGAGCUGGAAAAUAACAUAGAUAUUGAUGAGGACGCGAUGGUGGAGUAUACAAACAAUGAUGAUGCCGCCUCCAUUUAUGUUUACGUGAAUGAUCCGGAUCACUUGCUGGUUCCCUACGCACCCUUGGUGAUUGCCCGGCAGUAUACCAGCGUGGUGAUACCCUGCAAGCCCACGAUGCCAGACACGGAGGUUAUUCUUCUUUUCAACUCGGAAGUAAGUAGUUCAAAAAGCGGUCCGCAAAAGGGGACAGAUUCAGACUCUAGGCUCUAUAAUUUGUCGGCUCUAGAAAUCAGAAAAAUAUUAAGUAUAAUAGUAAAGGACUUAUAUCCCAAAAAGCUAAGGAACCAGCCCGUAAUUAAAUCUACUCUAAAUCAUCACGUCCAAAAGGACUCCUCGUUCACACUCACCUGCGAACAGACCGAAUUCAUAGAUGCAAACUAUGAAAUGAAAUGGUCUACUCCCAUCAAGGAUAUGAGUCGCCUUAUCAUCACCACUCCUAAAUUCGAUCCCAAGACCAUGAACGUCACUCACCAAGUCGGCCGGAGCACAUUAACGGUGGAGAAGGCUCAGACCACGGACAGUGGACCCUAUAAAUGUACUGUGUCCGAUGGAUACGUCAUUGCCCACUCCACAUACAAGUUGAGAGUACUGGAAACGAAUGAGACCUAUCUGAAGGUUCAGGAACCUACAUCUAAUUCCACGGUUGAAGGAUUUGCGAACAAGACUAUUCAGAUGACAGCUAUCUUUGAGGGGUAUCCGAUACCAACAUUUUAUUGGCAUAAGCCCGAUGGAAGCGACAUCCAUCAGACGGAGCCCAAGUUCAAAAUCAUCCCAACGGAGUCGAGCACCACCCUGCAGAUCCUCAAUGCCCAGCUGGAGGACAGUGGCACCUAUGUCCUGCGAGGGGAGAACACCUACAACAGGGUCACCCGGAAGUACAACGUUAGCGUGAAAUCCGGACCGGUGGUUACCGUUUCGGAUGCCUACGUGCAGGUGGGCGGACAGGCCAAAUUGGAGUGCUACGUCCGCGGUUAUCCUCCGCCGAUUGUCUCCCUCAAUUUUUACCCCUGCAGUCUGAAGCCCCGCUGGCCCAAUUGCGACAAUGCCAGAGAGAACAUUGAUCUAACCUCCAAGAUGAGGCCCGGCAGAUUCAGUGUGGAAACCAUUUAUGAGGCCAUCUUCACUCCCACCAAGCCGGGAAUCUUCAGUUGCGCUGCAAUGAACUUCGUGGAAGGCCAGAACUUUUCAGCCAUUGCGAAGGCCCACAUAAUGCUGGGGGACAUUGCCAACAACAUGACUAUACACGGUCUCGAUCUGAAUCGAAAGAUUGCCAGAGGUGACGAGGAGAACUUCACCUGCGAGGCCCUGGCCUAUCACUUCAAUGGCAAUCUUCAGUGGUAUCACGACGGCGAGGAGCUGGUCGAAUCGGAUGACGUUAAAAUCAUAAGGACCGAAAGUCAGUAUUCCUACAAAAGCACUGUCCACUUUUUGGCCAUCAGCGACAAAGAUCGGGGAACCUACGAAUGCCGAGCUUACCACAUACAUCGUCCUUCCGAAUACGAUCGUCGGGAGGUGGACGUCUAUAUCCACGAGCCCCAGGCGCCGGUGUGGCAGACACCCAUUCACCCCAAGAAAUCCAAAAUAGAACGGAAACUGAGCCAGUCCUUGGAUCUGGAAUGUCGCUCCACAGCCGUUCCUCUGGCUACGGUUCGAUGGUUCAAGGACGAAAAGGAACUGGUCGAAACGAAUCUUACCCACAUCCUGGACGAUGAGUCAAAGCUAUUUAUAAGCCACCUUUAUCCCCGCGACGACGGUGUCUACACUUGUCGUGUGGAGAACCGAUUGGGCAGGAUCGAAAAGUCCGUGACUGUGAUCAUAACUGACCUUCCUGGCAUAAACAAGGGUUGGGUGUGGUUCGGAAUAAUCAUGUUCCUGUUUCUGGUCAGCCUAUACGCCUUCCUGGCCGUUCGCUACCAUAAGGAGCACAAACGGCACUUGGCCCUUAAGGCGGCCCUAGCCAACUUUGAGGAGGGCGCCGUGGGUCACAUCAAUCCGGAUCUGACCCUAGACGAACAGGCGGAACUAUUGCCCUACAACCGCGAGUUUGAGUUUCCGCGGGAGAACCUGAAGCUUGGCAAGCAACUAGGAGCCGGAGCCUUCGGAGUGGUGCUCAAGGGCGAAGCGACGGGCAUCCGGAAGGAGGAGAGAUGCACCACGGUGGCCGUAAAGAUGGUCAAACGCACGGCGGACAAUGAGGUGGUGAGGGCUCUCGUCUCCGAGCUGAAGAUCAUGGUUCAUUUGGGCCAGCACCUAAACGUGGUCAACCUUCUCGGAGCUGUUACCAAAAAUAUUGCGAAACGAGAGCUUAUGGUCAUUGUGGAAUACUGCCGCUUUGGCAACAUCCAAAACUUCUUGCUGAGGAACCGAAAGUGCUUCAUUAAUCAGAUUAACUCUGAAACAGAUCACAUCGAUCCCAGCAUAACGAUCCAGAGGGUUUCAGACAACUUUGACCUGCAUCGUUAUGCGACUUGUGAUGACAAAGCAAUGUCCAAUGAUUUUGCCCAGCCCGAUAGGAAGUCCGAAUAUAAAAACGAAACAACGAUUUCGACCGUCGAUCUGAUUAGUUGGGCCUUCCAAGUGGCCAGAGGCAUGGACUACCUGUCCUCCAAGAAGGUCCUUCACGGCGACUUGGCCGCCAGAAACAUCCUGCUCUGCGAGGACAACGUGGUUAAGAUUUGUGACUUUGGCCUGGCCCGGUCCAUGUACCGAGGAGACAACUACAAGAAGUCAGAAAGUGGAAAACUGCCCAUCAAGUGGCUGGCGCUGGAGUCCCUAAGCGACCAUGUUUUCAGCACCUACAGCGAUGUCUGGUCCUUUGGCAUCGUCCUCUGGGAGAUGUUCUCGCUGGCGAAGGUGCCAUAUCCGGGUAUUGAUCCCAGCCAGCUCUUGAACAAACUGAACGAUGGCUACCGCAUGGAGAGGCCCCCGUAUGCCAACCAAGAGCUUUACGAAAUCAUGCUGGAAUGCUGGCGAAAGAUGCCUGAGAGCAGACCGCUGUUUAAUGCGUUAGAGAAACGCUUGGCUAAUGUGGUGGGUGAAGACGUGGUUAAUCACUAUGUGGACAUGAACAACCCAUAUAAGCAGCAAAACUUCGAGUACAGAAAAAACCAGGGAACCGAUUACUUCGCUUUGAUGGGUUGCCCGAAUGAGAUAGCGCCCUCGGCUCCCAGUUAUGUCAACGGACGCAUUGUGGCCAAUAUUCGCAUUGAAUCCAUUCCGGACGACUAUCAGGUGAUGAGACUCGUCCAGGACUCCGAUAGCGAUGCUUUCACUGCCAUAUUCUCGCAAUCGCGCCCGGAAGACGGGUCCUCCGACUUUCCGGACUUCUCAAGCGAAACCACCGCGCCCGAGGAAAUACCCAUGGUGACGAUCGUCUAAGUAUAUCCGGCUAGAAGACUCUGAAGUAGCUCUCCAUC